AUGAGCACUGCAAAUAUUGAUUCGUCUUCUUCUCUUGAAAAUAAUAAUAAUACACAAGAACAAUGUACUCCUAUGGCAAAAUAUACUGAAGUUGGUCAAAAUGGUGAAGUUCUUUAUCAAUCAGAUUCUAUACCUGUUGAAGUAGCAGCAACUUAUUUACAAUCAAGAGAUACAGUUGCACAAAGAAAUGCUGCAAUGACUGGUGAGAAAACCAGUGAUCAAUAUAGAACAUUUGAUAUUCCAGCAAAAUUUGAUAAUCCAGAUUGGUGGCAAGGCUAUAGCAAGAAAGAACCAAAUCCACUCUAUCGUACAACAGCACAAGAUUAUGGUGCUGAAAAACCUAAUAUUCAUACGAUGCCAACUGUUUAUCGAACACAAUCAAGUGCCUUUACAGGGCAUCUGGGUAAAUGUGGUAUUUAUCGUUAUCAAGGUCUUAAUACGGCUGUAGACAAAGGACGAUAUAUAGACAAAUAUUAA